UUUUGCUGUUGCGAAAUGUGUUUUUUUUAUCUUAGAAGUAAAGCUACUGUAAUUGAUUCACAGCUUGCUUACUUUGUAAUGAAAAUGAAACUAUACUUAAAAUCUCUAUGACAUAUGUCACAAUGCAGGGUUUAUUAUUAUCUUGGAUUCCAUCUUCAAUAAACCUGUGAUAUUACUACAAAUACAACAUAUUUGAAAUAUAAGACAUUUAACAUUAAAGUAAGGGUUGCAAUUUACUUAAAUUUUCUCUGAGAGGAUUUUUAUUCUUACUAUUUGUUAUUUAAACAUCAGAAAAAAGCAAGAAUCUGUCCUAAUUAUUAAGUGAAAAAAUGGCAGUGUCUGAUUUUACUAGAAAUUGUGAACAUGAUUAUCAUAAACAUUUAAUGCACGCAUAUUAUCUAUCGUCACAAACAUGUUUGGCUAAAUCUGUAAAUAAGUAUAAUGAGGGACAUACAGCUUUGAUGCUUGCUACCAGAUAUGGGAAUGAAAAAGUUAUUAAAAUGCUACUGAAGCGAGGAAGAGACAUCAACCAGACUGACAAGUAUGGCUGCACUCCUUUCAUGUUGGCUGCAGAGUCUGGCCACAGUGGGGCUGUAAAGCUCUUGUUUCAUAAAGGCUGUAAUGUUAAUGCUUGUAAUCAAGACGGUGAACAUGCACUUUUGCUUAUUUAUAAUGGGUUGCGGGGGGCACAUUGUUACUUUUCGCAAAUAACAAUGAGCAGUGUGUAUGCAGAAUACAUAAAGAAACUUAACACUUUAGUGUAUAAACAAACAACAAAAACCAGCAGGGAGCAUAUAGCUGAGAUCUUAAUUCAAUGUGGAUCUAAUGUAAACACAGUGAACAAAGUAUAUAAGCAAAAUGCGUUAAUGCAAGCAUCAUCUUGUGGCUGCAGUGCAUCUGUCCAGCUGUUAAUAAAUAGUGGAAGUGACAUCAACUCAGUUAACUCAUUUCAAUGUAAUGCCUUGAUGAUUGCAGCAGAACAUGGGCACCUAAAUUGUGUAGAAAUUCUUGUAAAUAAUGGCAGUGAUAAGACAAGAAGAGAUUAUGAAGGCAAUGAUGCUUUGAUGAUUGCUAUCAAAAACGGUAAUAACGACAUUGUAAAGAUGCUGGUAUCGACAGGAUGGGACACACAUAGAGUAAAUCAAGCUGGUUAUGAUGCUUUGAUGGUUGCUUCUGAAUAUAACAAUGUAGGAUGUAUAGAAAUUCUUCUAAGCAACGGUUGCAAUAAAACAGGAGUAGAUCAAAAUGGUAACGAUGCUUUAAUGAUUGCUUGCAAGCAUGGUUACAUAGAUGUGGUUGAACUUCUGUUAGAUAAAGGAUGGAGCAUGCAUAAAACAAAUCAUUUAGGUUGGAAUGCUUUCAGAGUGUCAAUUGGUAGCAGAAUGCAAGGUCGAUUAGAAUAUAGAAUCAAAGUGUCAAAACUUUUACUUAAUAAGGGAAGUGAUGUGAAUGUUGUUGACACAAUGGAAGAUGAUGCUUUGAUGCAUGCGUCAUGUGUAUCAAGUCCAGAGAUAGUGAAUGCUUUAAUUAGUAAAAGUAGCAAUGUAAAUCGUUGUAACAAAAAUGGAAAGAAUGCUUUAAUUUACGCAACAGAAGCAAAAAUGGAAGAGAAUGCUCUAAUUUUAUUAAAUGAUGGAAGUGAAAUUAAUCAAGUUGAUAUUGAUGGCAACAAUGCAUUAAUCAUUGGAUUACGCAAUGGACUUAAACAAGUGGUAAAGAAGCUUUUAGAUAAAGGUUGCUGUGUUAAUCAAGUAAAUAAAGAAAAUCAAACUGCUUUGAUGCUAGCAGCUGCCAAUGGUUAUGUUAUUUUUGUAGAAAUGCUUCUCCAAAAGGAGUGUGAAGUAAAUGUAAUAGAUAUUUUUGGAUGUAAUGCAUUGAUGCUUGCAUCAAAAGGAGGGCAUGAAAAAAUUGUUGAAAUGUUACUUGAAGCAGGUAGUGAAGUCAAUAUUGUUGACAGUGAUGAGCGUAGUGCUUUAAUGUUGGCAUCAAUAGUAAGAAAUUUAAAUAUUGUCAAAAUGCUUACUAGCACUGAAUGUGAUGCUCACAUAGUUGAUAAAGAUGGAAGGAAUGCUUUGAUGCUGGCAUCAGAUAAUGUAGAUCAAACAAUAAGCAAAAUUAUGUUACAGAAAACACAAGAAGAGAGAGAAAUUUUCAUUCAAACAUUAAUUUUCAAUCAAUUAGAAAUAGUGAAACUAUUAAUUAAUAAAGGAGUUGAUAUCAAUGUUGUUGAUUGUACUGGAUCAAACGCUUUAGUGUCAGCCUCAAGGUUGGGUUAUGAAAAAUUAGUUGAGUUUCUUCUGACUUUUGACGUUCAUGUAAAUCAAACUGAUAACCUAGGAGCCAGUUCUCUGAUACAUGCAGCAUUUCAUGGAUUACCUGAUAUGGUUGAAAUGCUGCUAAAUAAAGGUAGUGAUAUAAAUAAAAUCACAUUAAUGGGUGAUAAUGCCUUAAUAAUAGCUUCAUGUGAAGGCCAUUAUAAAACUGUAGAGCUACUGCUCAAAAGAGGGAUCAAUGUUAAUCAUGUUGGAAGAGAGGGAUGGGAUGCUGUAGUUACAGCUCUACUGCAUGAUCACGACAACGUGGUCGAAUUAAUUCUUAGGAAUAUUACUGUGGUCCAUGUAAGGAACUUAUACAUGCUAGAGGUAGUUAUGAUGGCUUUAGAAAAGGCAAAAUUUAAUGUUAUUGAAAAGUGUCAAGAAUAUUUGAAUACUCACAAGAGCGGGAUAAGACAAAGGGAGUUGAACAUAGUAAAGAAAUUAUUUGCUGCCUCAAAAUGGAUUUUUCAAAGUAAUCGUAAACGAGCAGUGUUAAAACAAGAUUUUAUGACUGAGAUUUUGGGAUUAGAAGUACAAACAGACAAUGCUUUAUGUGGUAUUAAAAGGUCACUCAAUAUUUUUCUGACUACCACUUUACACAAUUAUCAGCAUCAGGUACCGACAUGUGAGGAACUGUUGGGAUGUGUUUCUGAUAUUAUGUCAGAGUAUACCAGUAUGAAACAAUUUGAUGCUCUGAAUUUUUUCGUCUACCAAAAAACCUUGCACAUGUUGUACAUUGAAUUUUUUAUUAAAUACAAGGAUAAAGUCACAGAUUUCUUUUCCCUACUUCUUGAACACAGUUACCCAGAUCUGACCAUUGCUCAUAUGAGGGAAGAAGACCUACUUAAUACUGUGUCACCUAAUUGUUCCAUCACUGUUUGCCACUAUCCACUAGAAAUAUUAAUAGGAGGGACUUUUUGCAGUGUAAAUUUCUCAUUGAAGUUGGUCAAUGUAGAUGCUUUGAAAUUGUUUACUAAUUACCUACACUCACAAAAAGGGCAGAUUCACACAUCAUAUUAUGUUACCAAGAAUAUUAUUGGAAUAUUAUUCAACAUGUCAAGAAAAGAAGAAUUGAAAAAAUAUUUUACAUCCACUGACAUAAAAACUGCACUUUUGGAUAUAACUUUUUGUGAUGACAUAUUAAAAUUAAAGCACUGGCUUAUUCUAGAACAGGAAAAAAGUAAUGAUUCACAUUUACGUGAUUUAAUUCAAAAGGGAAUUGGUCGGUAUGAAAAUUUUCCUCUUUCUAUUUUUCUUCAAGCAUUUGCUAAGCUUGUAAGAAAUCGGCUAGAAAAUAUUGAGAUUACUCCAGUUAUUGAGACCCUCACACAAAUUAUGGUCUUUAAUAGCAUUGAAGAAAAAGAAUGUGCUAGUGAAUGUUUAAAAGAGUUGGGCCCUGGUGAAAAAUACAGUCAUGAGAUCAUAACCAAUGAAAAAUUGGCGUACAACCUACAAAGGCAGCGCAGUUCCCAGACCAGCACUAUUUCAUCCAAUAUCAAUUCAAUGUUUUGGACAGCUGGAAAUGCCACUGGAAUUUUACCUACAAUACCAGAUAAAGUUGUUUCUGGAGAAUUCCCCCAAAACUUUGACUUAGAAGUGACAUCCAUUGGUCGAGGUACAUUUGGUAGUGUACACCUGGUCAUAGAUUUGAAUAAACCUGAUGAAAAGAAAUUUGUCGCCAAAAGACUUUUGCUCAGUAAAUUAAACAAGUUGGAAACCUUUUCAAAUGAAGCUUCAAUCCUACUGAAACUAAAGCAUAGGCGUGUUGUUCAAUUUCAUGGAUAUAAAAAGGAUGGUGAUGAUGUUUUAAUAUUCAUGGAGUAUAUGAGACAAGGUACCCUCACUUCAUUUAUUUCCAAGAGAGGUAAUUUGGAUGAAAAAUGUACUCAACACUUUACAAUCCAAAUUCUUGAAGCUGUAAACUAUUUGCAUGAAAAUAAUAUUCUGCAUAGAGAUAUUAAGGGUAAUAAUAUUUUGAUGGUGGAUGAGUCAAACAUCAAAUUAACUGACUUUGGUCUCUCAACAAUUUUCAAUGAAGAAGAAGGGGUUAAUGCAGGAGGUGGCACAAUUCAGUACAUGGCUCCUGAGUUGAUUACAUGCUCUGAGGGUGAAAUUUUAAAGAACGCAACUAGUCUGGAUAUAUGGAGUGUAGGCUGCACUGUUGUAGAAAUGCUUGUAGGCAAACCACCACAAAGCUCUUUGCUAACACCACAAAUUGCCUAUAGAACCUUUCAAGGAGAACCUCUAAAAUAUCAACUGCCUGAAUCAUCUUCAGCUGACCUGAAAGAGUUUUUGAACAAGAUUUUUCAGAGUGAUGCACAGCUGAGGCCAACAGCUGAUUGGCUGUUGAAUAAUGAGCCAUUUGUUAGAGUAACCAUUAGUGAUGGAGAUGUCUAGUCUAAAGAUGGAUUUGAUAAUGAUAUAAGUUAAAUGUAUCUGGUAAAAUAUGUGAUUUCAAUUGUUACUAUAAAUAUGUAAAUAUGUUUAUACACACACUUUGAUGCUAAGCAUGUUUAGUAGAUAAUCCAAUUAUUAAUAUAUACUUAUUUAAAAGUACUGGU